CCUGAGUCUGCCCGCUGCUGAAGCUGCCGUCUUCCGCUGGGUUCAGGAUCGUCGUGGCGCUCAGCUGGGAUCUGCUGCGCAAAGACGCGAAAGAAAGUUGACGAUUUGAACGUAACUUUCAGAGCAAAACCUCAACCCAGACAGAGACGCUUGUUAUCAGUAAUGCUGUUAAACGGUCAUCCCCUUUGGUUACAGUAGCUGUCACGGAUUAAAUGAUGCUCAUAGUUUUAAAAACGCCGACGUGCAGGUAGUUAAAUGACAGCAGGUAAGGAUGUUGUUGUGGCUGGUUUUGUUCCUGCCCGCCCUCUCGGUGGCUCAGAGGUCAGAGCCCGUGUUCUCAGCUAUAACCAAGACCGUCCUUCCUCCAGACUACGACAACAACCCCACCCAGCUCAACUAUGGCGUGGCUGUCACUGAUGUGGACGGGGAUGGAGACCUGGAGAUAUUUGUAGCUGGCUACAACGGCCCGAACCUGGUGCUAAAGUACGACAAACACAGGAAAAGGCUUGUCAACAUCGCUGUUGACAACCGUAGCUCCCCAUUCUAUGCCCUGAGAGACCGUCAAGGCAACGCCAUCGGAGUGACAGCUUGUGACAUCGAUGGAGAUGGACGGGAAGAGAUUUAUGUCCUCAACACCAAUAACGCCUUCUCUGGUCGGGCAACAUACUCUGACAAGCUGUUUAAGUUCCGUAAUGGGCGCUUUGAAGAUCUGCUGAGCGAUGAUAUUAACGAACACAGAGACGUAGCCAACCCUAUGGCUGGGCGCUCAGUGGCCUGUGUGGACAGAAAGGGUACAGGUCGUUAUGCUAUCUACAUAGCAAACUACGCCAGUGGCAACGUGGGCCCUCAUGCGCUCAUAGAAAUGGAUGAGGCAGCAAGUGACCUUUCGCAGGGCGUCGUUGCCCUCUCCAAUGUGGCAGAGCAGGCUGGAGUCAACAAAUUCAUUGGAGGAAGAGGUGUCGUGGUGGGGCCCAUUGUCAGUCAGACUCUGUCUGAUGUGUUUUGCGACAAUGAGUACGGUCCAAACUUCUUGUUCAGGAACAAUGGCGAUGGAACUUUCACGGAUGUGGCACAGCAGGCUGGUGUAGAAGACCCCAUGCAGCACGGCAGAGGGGUGGCUCUUGCAGACUUCAACCGUGACGGUAAGAUGGACAUCGUCUACGGGAACUGGAACGGACCUCAUCGGUUGUACAUGCAGCUCAGUAACCGCAAGCAAAAGUUUAAGGACAUAGCAUCCCAGAAGUUUUCCAUGCCCUCCCCGGUUCGAACUGUUAUCGCUGCAGACUUUGACAAUGACAAUGAGUUGGAGGUGUUCUUCAAUAACAUCGCUUACAGAGGCCCCUCCGCCAACAGACUCUUUAGGGUGAGCAGGAGAGAACACGGAGACCCCCAGAUAGAAGAGUUGAAUAUCGGGGAGGCAGCAGAGCCUGAAGGACGAGGAACCGGAGCGGUAGCCACAGACUUUGAUGGGGAUGGGCGCCUGGAACUGCUGGUGUCUCACGGUGAAAGUGCAGCACAGCCUCUCUCUGUCUACAAAGUCAACCAGGGCAAUGCAAACUCAUGGCUGCGAGUGAUUCCCCGGACAAAAUUUGGCGCUUUUGCCAGAGGAGCUAAAGUGGUUGUAUAUACAAAAAAGAGUGGCCCACACACAAGAAUAAUUGAUGGCGGCUCAGGGUACCUCUGUGAGAUGGAGCCUGUUGCCCACUUUGGCCUCGGCAAGGAUGUGGCCACCAGUGUGGAGGUGUUCUGGCCAGAUGGCCGUUCAGUAGCCCGGGCCCUCGAGCCGUCAGAGAUCAACUCAGUGCAGGAGAUCCACUAUCCAAGAGAUGAGGAGGAAGUUACUCCUACUGUGGAAAUAGAGUGUGGUCACGGGUUUGCUUUGAAUGAGAAUGGCCGCUGCACGGCCCAGGUGGCUUACUUUGGGGGAACGCGGUCUUCUGGGGAGCGUAAGUGCUCGGGCCUUACUUUCCGGCUGCUCCCCGUCUCUCUGCUACCACUCAUCUCUACCCAUCUCUAUUCUGGACUGCUGUAGCUGUGACUGUUUUCUCCCCUUCCUUACUCUUUCCACUACUAAAAGUGGAUGUACAGAAACUCUUAGAGCAAACUUUUCACUAAAAAAGGGAAAUUCCUCUUCACCUUCUCCUCUAUGGAUCUAUGCUAUCUUUACCCAUCAGCUAUUUACAGUCUCGCCUCCUGGUCAUCCGCUGCUUUGUGUCACCUCUUGGCUCCCGGCCCCCUCUGGACUAUAAAGAAACAUACAGGGAGCAUGCUCGCUGGGAGCUACAGGGUUCAGAACUAACUGUGCCACACCCGCAGAGUCCUCACGUCAUCACCUGGCACUUAUCUUAGUGGGACCUGAAACAAGGCCAAGUCAAUAAGAGGAGCUUCGGCAUAGAAACCGCUGCGCAUACAGCAAACAGAUCUACUGGCUCCACAGACCACAUUCAUUAGAGACACGCUGAGCCCCAUCUGUAUAUUCAAAAUGCCGCUAUGGUAAUCCUUACAAUGUCACUCUCAUUCUUAUUAUGCGCUUACUGGGAUGCCGAGGAACACCAGGUCUCCAAACUGUAUGUUUUGAGUGUGUAUUAAUGUGUUUGUGUGGCUGCGUGAGCCUCAGUAUACUGGGUCCAAAGAGGCAGUCGCGUAGGGGAACAUAUGCCAGACCAUCUGUCUCCGAUGGUUGGCUACAAUUUGUUACACAUGAAUUAUACAACAGCAUAGAGAAGAAGGCAAACACAUGUGUGUGUUUGUGUGUGUGUGUGUUUGUGUGCGUGCGUGUGAGCACGGGAUGAGGCAGAUUUUACAUUUUUUGGAAAGUGUACUAAAACAUAUCACCAUAGGCAUGUGCAAAGAACAUGAUGACAAAAGGAAAACACCUAAAACUGAACUGAACAGUGCACUUAAUUUAUGUUGGUGUUUCUCCUUCUGUUACACUGUGAUUACAAUCAUGAACUCAACAUGCAGUAAAAGCUGCUGUUCUUACAUUUUAAAGUGUUCAAAAUAAAGCAGCAGUCUUCAAGAUUUCAGUCCUGACUGAUUUGGGGACUCCUACAGGUCUUCUUUUGCAACUGGAUAUUUGUACGAUAUCACCGCCGCAAGGAAUCCAUCAUACCAGUGCUCACAGCCAGACCACAGUCAGUUUGGAGCAGUUGGUAUCGAGAAACUACUGAGACAAGCUUUGUGUGUUUUAGUUCUGACAGUAGAUAGAUGAUUAAUCCAAACAACUGCCGAGUGUUUUUCGUAGCGACCACCUUCGAAUGUAUUUUAAGAGCAAAAAUAUUCAGAUUACCAGAAAAGCUUUCUGGUAGUCUGAAUAUUUUUAUUCCUUUUACAUUGUUUUUAGGGGUAGAUAAAAUCCUAGUUUGGGUUAAUUUACACCCUGUCAAAAACAAGAACCGUGCCCUGCAGAGGCUUUGUGACAGAAAGCAUUAAAGCAAACCUUCUACCUUUGAUGUGGCAGCAGAAAAUUCUCAGUGUGCUUUAAAGGUAGCUUUUUUUCACCGCUAAUGAUGCCACAGGCACCUAGUUGGUAAUAAUAAUAAUCUUUGAGACUGCCGCUUUAAGUUUUAAGUGCACUAAAGCAUUCCUAAUAGUUUUCCACAUAAUAUAAAGCUUGACAAGUUGCAGUGGCAUUCAGUUUCUUUGUUGCUCUUACAAGACCAAAAUCCCCAAUGUCUCUUAUUACGUUCCAAGUCCCCUACUCUAUCUGUGACAUUGUGGCUCAAGCUCAAAUAUACAGUUUAGCUUUAAAAAUGAAUUUCUUAAUAUAUCAUUUCCUAAAACAGUGGUAUGCUGGCAUUUAUACUGACUGUACAAUGCAGAUUUGGUUUGCAGUGGGAUGAGGCAUUGACUUGCUAAAAAAAAGUUCCCGUGUACAUAAAAUGAAGGCACAUUGGUAAAUGUGUAGUUCAGUUACAAAGGCGUACGAUCUAAUUCUUUAUUUUAGUGUUUUUAAAGGAUUUGUUGACAAUGACAUUAAAAACAAAUAUAUGGAAAAAAAGGAAGAAAGUGGCUAUUUGAUGAGUCGUGAUUUGCACACAGUGAGGUUUCACAUAGCGUUCAGUGUGAAACCUUCGCUACAGCGGACUAAAAUACAUAAAACAUAUGGAGCUCUUCAUUUUUAUUAAAAGCUACAGAUCUUUUUGCCUUAUUGCCAUGUUUCUUGAAGCGUUUGGGAAACGAAUAAAUACUUUGGCCAAAAACAAAAAAGACGACCAAAAAGUGAAAGCAUUUUCCUCCACUCCACGAUGACAGCGCGUUGACUGACAGGUUUUUGCUUCCAUAUAAUUCUGCAGGGGCACAUCACUUGUUGCAACACAACCCUCAACUUAUCCAGUGUUCGACCACAAUCAGUGUCACAGCAGGGGAUAAUGUUCCUUAUUAAAUGUUGGCCAGCGCAACUCUCCAGAGAAGCGAAUGUCUUUGUAUGAUUCAUGGAUUCAUCCCUACUCGCUUGCUGAGGCAAGUGUUACAUAUAUUUUGCAAAUUCUUAACCACAAACCUCACACAUUCCACUGAAGCUCCAGCGCUACUCUCUGCCCCGUGACAUCUGUCCUUGAGCCUCUUAAUGAGCUGGACCCAAAUUCCAGAUGCCACCUGUAAAUAUCACACAUUUCAGAGGUUUUGGGAACUGAACUCAGUUCUCUCUUUUUUAAUGAAAAUAAGGAGGCAUCGGAGCAUGAAAAACUAAUAAGCAAAUGAUGAUGGAUGUGUUAAAGCAAUUAAAAUGAAUCACCACAGAUCCCUGUUGGAUCUAUGCUGACAUUGUUGUGACACCCUCCGUGAAAGCCAAAGAACCUUGAGAUUGAGUGCUCAGUGAGACAAAGUCCACUUAAACAUUUUUAUGUUUUCUCAAAAAUUAUGUCAGAGGUUCAACUGAGGUUCCUCUUGAGCUGUUAUUGGACUGUAAGCAGAGAACGCAAACCUUUUUCUACUUUCUUGCACGCUGCUGGGUCUGACUUGAACAGAACAAGGACUUGUGUAAGCGCACAGUUUGCAUAAAUAAUUGGAUCGGAAAGUGUUCAUUAUAUUUGCACACUUUCAGAGGACAGCGUGCAAAUAUAUUUUUGGAUUUUUUAACCCUGUUUAUCAUAUUUAAAGUACACAGUGCUCAAAACAAUCUACUGUCAAAGACAGCUAGUAUAUAUAUUUUCCUAUAGCUGUGUUGAAGUGGGUUGUAAAAUUUCAGCUGAUUGUAAAGUUUGUAGAGAAAAGUUAGGAUUCUGGUAAAUAGAAAUGGCAACUCCUGUCGACAUGUACAUGCUAAAAUAUGCUGUGUGCCGUAUUUACUGUGUCUACUCGAUCUACUCUAACAUGCAGGGUGUCUUUGCAUUCACAGCUUAUUCUAUGUAUGGAAGGACUGGAAAUAAAUAAAAGCACACUAUUCACUGUGAUGAAUUAGUUGCUCAACCACUGCAAAUGUACCUGGAAGCAAAAACAUUUUUUGGAUAGAGUGGAUGAACAUGCACACGUGAUAUCAUCAGAUACACUUAGAGCAUAGUGUUUAGUGGGAAACUAUGUAAUUAGAAAAAAAAUCACUUUGUGAGUCUUAAAAUUGCAAAAUGUGUCUAAAGAUUGUCUGUGAAUAACAUCCAAGAACCUGAGGGAGGAAGCUGAGUGUGAUUGUGUGUGUGUGUGUGUGUGUGGUAUCUGGCAUGGUCAGUGCCAUUGCGUUAUUUACAUCCCAGAGGCUCCAGCUGUUUUUCUCUCUGCAGGAAUGAACUUGAGAGUAGAGAUGUCCCUGCGCAAAAUAAAACCUGGAACAAAAUGCUCGCUUAUGUGUGUUUCAGGGGAGUCCAGUGUGUGUGUGUGUUCAUGUGCUCAGUCGGUUUGUGUGCAGGGAUUCUGUCCACGUG